ACCCAUUCCAUUUUGUUUUUCUCUUCCCUUUUCUGUCUUCAAAUGCAUCUUCCGUUUUGGGCGUGGAUGAGCGAUUCAUCCAUCCGUCCUCGCGAAUCCAGUUAGGUAUUCUCUGCUCUCCUUUGGGUUGUCUGCCUUCCCUUCCCGUUCCGUCGCCUUGUUUGCUUGCGUCGCCGGCUUCGUCCGCUUUGAGUUCCUCGAAGAGAAUUCGAACUUCGGCGAGGAGGAUCGAGACGCGCUCGAUAGGAGUAGAUGGCGAUUAGUCUCUUAGAUGGGAGUGUCAAUUUGCGAAGUGGAUGGAACUUAAACAUCAAGAACGAUUAUCAGCAUUGUUCUGGAUUGUCUAAUUUAGCAUUCAAGACAUGUCUCCUAACAGAUGCUUCACGGUUUUGUACCAUUUCCAGGUUUGGGCAUGGGACAACUGUUCGAUCUGUCCAAACUCUAUUUACUAGGAGGACUGCUGCAGAUAGACAUACUAGAAUUGCGUGCUCGCAAGACAGCAAUUGUGAUACAAAGUUUUUUGAUUUUAUAGUUGUUGGCAGUGGUGUUGCUGGACUGCGGUAUGCCUUAGAAGUUUCAAAGUAUGGAUCUGUUGCUAUAAUUACUAAAGCUGAACCUCAGGAGAGCAACACAAAUUAUGCUCAAGGUGGAGUUAGUGCUGUUUUGUGCCCUUCAGAUUCCGUAGAGAGCCACAUGCAAGACACAAUCAUUGCUGGGGCUUAUCUUUGUGAUGAAGAGACUGUUAGAGUUGUAUGCACAGAGGGCCCUGAUCGGGUAAAGGAAUUAAUUGCCAUUGGUGCUUCAUUUGAUCAUGGCGACGAUGGGAAGCUACAUCUAGCUAGGGAAGGGGGGCAUUCUCAUAACAGAAUUGUCCAUGCAGCUGACAUGACUGGGAGAGAGAUUGAACGUGCAUUGCUCAAGGCUGUUGAUGAUGAACCAAAUAUAUUUUUGUUUGGUCACCAUUUUGCAAUUGAUCUCUUGACUUCUCAGGAUAAUGGCGAAUCAUAUUGCCAUGGUGUAGAUACAUUGAACACAGAAACCCAACAGAUUGUCCGUUUUAUCUCUAAAGUGACACUGCUAGCCUCUGGUGGAGCUGGACACAUAUACCCUUCAACGACUAAUCCCCCUGUAGCAACUGGAGAUGGUGUUGCUAUGGCACAUCGUGCUCAAGCAGUGAUUUCAAAUAUGGAAUUUGUGCAGUUCCACCCAACAGCUUUAGCUGAUGAAGGCCUCCCAAUCAAACCUAUUAAUAGACGAGACAAUGCUUUUCUGAUCACGGAAGCAGUCAGAGGGGAUGGAGGCAUCCUUUAUAAUCAGUCAAUGCAGAGAUUCAUGCCGCUAUAUGAUGAACGGGCAGAACUAGCUCCAAGGGAUGUAGUUGCGAGAAGCAUCGAUGAUCAACUAAAAAAGCGUGGAGAGAAGUACGUGCUACUUGACAUAAGCCAUAAGCCAAGAGAACAAAUUCUUUCACACUUCCCCAAUAUUGCGGCGGAGUGUCUCAGAUAUGGAUUGGACAUAACCUGCUCGUCAAUACCCGUCGUUCCAGCUGCUCAUUACAUGUGUGGUGGCAUUCGUGCAGGGUUGCACGGAGAGACAAAUGUUAAAGGUCUCUAUGUAGCUGGUGAGGUUGCAUGCACAGGAUUGCACGGAGCUAAUCGACUUGCAAGCAACUCAUUGCUCGAAGCACUAGUCUUCGCUCGACGUGCAGUGCAACCCUCAAUUGACCAUAUGGCAGGAUCAAACCUUGAUACCCACUCUUCAACAUUGUGGACCCGUCCAAUGCUUCCGUCGUCCCUCAAAGGCCAUGCGAUCCAGGAGAUUUUGUUUAGGACAAAGGCAACUAGAGUCGAAUUACAAUCUAUCAUGUGGGAGUUUGUCGGUAUAGUACGCUCCACAAGUCGGUUGAAGACCGCGGAGUGGAAGAUUGGAGAGCUGGAGGCUGACUGGGAGGACUUUUUAUUUCGGAGAGGGUGGAAUCCGACAAUGGUCUGUCUGGAAGCUUGUGAGAUGAAGAAUCUUUUCUGCUGUGCAAAGCUUGUUGUGAACAGUGCUCUCGCAAGGCAUGAAAGCCGGGGGUUACAUUUUACAGAAGACUUCCCUUUUCUUGAGGAGAGUAAGAGGAAGCCGACGAUAAUCUUUCCAACUUCUAUGAAGUUGACAUGGAGUUCACAGCAGGUACAUAAGCUCAUAGCCGGUUUGCCUCGAUGAAACAUAAAACAUAGUCGACAAAUGGAUCCUCGGUCAUUAUUUCGCAAGAUUGUUUCCUUCAAGAAACUAGCUUAUGCCAUAUUGAAGCAGUACACUCAAGAUUCACACUCAUUUUUUAAGUUCACCUGUUCCACAUGGCUAAGAAGCUCUAUUGUACCAUGAUUUUAAGCAUCAUAUAAGUAGUGGAUAGUGUUGUAUUUUAGUUGUCUGGUUUGCCAUGCUGAAGCAUUUUUGCGAAGAAACUCUAUUGAACCAUGAUUUUAAACAUAAUAAACACAAGCCCAAGGGUUCUUGGCUUCUAUUUACAGAUCAAUUCAAGCAUCAUUUGAAUUGCUUCUCUUUAAUGUCAGUGCAUUUGGAUGCGAUGUGAGUAAGCAAUUUCUCCAGCUGCCUGCAAUGCCAAUCUCAAUCAAGCUCAAAAGAAAUCUUUGUGGAAAUGAUGGAAAACAAGCACCAAACUUCACCUGAUGACGACGGCACUGACGGAGUGUUCUUACUGUCCGGACCAUCACGACGACAGGCAAAAGUAUUCCAGCAGUCCUCAACACCAGCAACUGUACAAGUGAACGAGAAUUACGAUCAUGAAGUGCUCCAGAAGCUGAUAACUACAAUAGCUAGAUCUCAGAUCCAGAGUUUUACUGAGAAUAAGGUGAAUGAGUACUGCUCAGGUCCGCC